UCCAGCCAUUAAAGCAUUACUAUAUAAAGGAGCUUAAUAUCCUAGUCCGCGACGGUCUAUUUAAUAUUAUAAAGAUCGAGUUCCUUAUCGUUAUCCAAAAAGCGGGUAAAUAAGCCUUUAAAAAAGCUACCAUUUAAGCUAUAUUUAAAAAGACUGGGAUCUGGCCAUUCUAGCCCUCUAUUGUUCUAUAGGUUAUUCAGGGGUGCUAGGUAGUUCGAACGCCCUUGCCAAUAGCCGACCUAGCUCUUAACAGCUCUCCAUUCGGCACCCCUAUUAUACUAUAGCAGAUGAACAAGAUAGCUGAUAAGCUGGCUAACAUCGCGGGAGACGUUGACAACCUUCAAAGAUUUAUCAAAGGCUGGCUUAUUAUAGCUACUGAACUAGUCUAAGUCAAGCAUAAUCUUCAGAGGACAAAGAUGGCCGAGGACAUCGCCAACCGUGGGGUCCUUACAGUUGCUCAAGCACGUCGGAUGAUCAAGGUCAGGGAGGAUGACGAGCUUGCAAAGGCCAGGCGGGUAGUUCAAGCCGCUGAACAGAGGGCUUACAACAAGAUCAAACGUAUGUAUGCAGAUGCGGCCAAGGAGGCUAGAAAAUGGAGGUUGACUGGCAGGCUGGGCCCUGCAGAGGUUAUAGAGGAAGUGGGCAAGAUACGGCUAUUGAAGAGAGUGUAGAUAGUUGACGACGACGAUGUCGUCGAAGAUGGCGAAAAAGUGGGCGUUUGGCUGGUGUGGGCGCAUGGAUGGUGACCACCAACCUGCCCGGCGGUUCGUUGGCUGGCCCGAAGAAAAGCGGGG